AUGACUACCCCUAGUUCUCUUAAGCUUACUGCUCCCAGUAUUCUAUAUACAAAGAAACCCCAAAACCCGUUAAGACAACAGCUUCAUUAUUCUUUAUCCCAAACAACAGCAACCCUAUCAAUCAACGCAGUUCGUAGGACGAAUCCAAUGGCUGCUCUGACCACCCUCCCUCCUGUUCCUACCACAAGCAUAUCACAAACUUUCACAAAGUUGAAAUCAGAAGGGAAAGUGGCAUUCAUCCCCUACAUCACUGCCGGCGAUCCAGAUCUCUCGACAACCAUUCAAGCCUUGAAGGUGCUCGAUUCUUGUGGAUCCGAUGUAAUCGAACUCGGCAUACCCUACUCUGAUCCCUCACUAGACGGUCCGGUCAUACGCGCUUCGGCGUCACGUCCCUUGGCAGGAGGGACAAAGUUCAACAAUAUCAUCUCAAUGUUAGAGGAUGUUGUUCCCCAACUUUCGUGCCCCAUCAUUCUGUUCUCCUACUCUAACCCUAUUAUCAUGAAUGGUAUCGAAAACUUCAUGUCAACCAUUAGUAAAGCCGGCGUACGGGGGCUUGUUGUUCCGGAUGUCCCUUUUGAAAAGACGCAACGUUUGAGAUUUGAGGCAGCGAAGAACAACGUUGAGUUGGUGCAGCUAACGACACCAACUACCACAACAUCUCAGAUGAAAAACAUUGUCAGAGCGUCGGAGGGUUUCGUGUACCUGGUGAGUGCGACGGGAGUCACCGGGGCUCGUCCUAGCGUGAACCAACAAGUUCCGAGUCUCUUGAAAGAGAUUAAGGAAGCAACAAGCAAGGCAGUGGCGGUUGGGUUCGGGUUGUCGAAGCCUGAGCAUGUGAAGCAGGUGGCGGAGUGGGGAGCAGAUGGUGCUAUUGUUGGUAGUGCCAUUGUAAGGGUAUUGGGUGAAGCUAAAUCUCCAUUGCAUGGGUUGAGAGACCUUGAAUCUUUCGCCAAAACUUUCAAGUCUGCUCUCCCGUAA